UCUGUGUGUGUGUGUGUGUUUUUGUGUGUAUGUGUGUGUUAUGGCCGUUCCCUGUCCGCGGUGCUGAAAUCACGGCGCGCAACAGCAAUGUAACGGCGAUGAAAGACACAAGCGGAGAUUUACACCAUGGACGACGAUCUGUUCCAGCUAAGACAGCUGCCUGUCGUGAAGUUUCGGCGUACAGGCGAUAGCACAUAUUCAGAGUAUGAGUGUGGAACAAGGGAUCAGAUGGUACAGGUCGAAAGCGGAAACACUGAUACAGGCUCUGUGGCUAUGUCUGAUGGAGCUCCAGUACCACAAGAGUUUGCCAACCCCACUGAUGAUACCUUCAUGGUGGAAGAUGCUGUGGAGGCUAUCGGCUUUGGUCCAUUUCAGUGGAAGCUUUCUAUCCUCACAGGCCUUUCCUGGAUGGCAGAUGCCAUGGAGAUGAUGAUCCUUAGUAUCUUGGCCCCUCAGCUACACUGUGAAUGGAGGCUCCCCAACUGGGAGGUGGCACUGCUUACUUCGGUGGUGUUUAUUGGCAUGAUGAUCAGCUCUUCAUUAUGGGGGAACAUAUCUGAUAAAUAUGGGCGAAAAACAGGUCUGAAAAUGAGUGUUCUGUGGACUCUAUUCUAUGGAAUCCUUAGUGCAUUCGCCCCUAUUUAUGGCUGGAUUUUGUUCCUCCGAGCACUGGUUGGUUUCGGUAUUGGAGGAGCUCCUCAGUCAGUCACACUGUAUGCAGAGUUUCUGCCCAUGCGUUCAAGAGCAACAUGUAUUCUGCUCAUUGAGGUGUUCUGGGCUCUGGGCACAGUGUUUGAGGUGCUGCUGGCGAUCCUGGUCAUGCCGACAUUGGGAUGGCGCUGGCUACUCGCUCUGUCCACAAUCCCGCUCUUCAUCUUUGCCAUCCUCUGCUUUUGGCUGCCUGAGAGUGCUCGCUAUGAUGUUCUGUCUGGAAACCAGGAGAAAGCUCUGAACACGCUAAAACGCAUCGCUACAGAGAACAACGUCCCCAUGCCACUGGGCAAACUCAUAGUGGCACGCCAGGAGGACAGAGGGAAGAUUAAGGAUCUAUUCUUGCCUCAUUUCCGCUGGACUACAGUUCUCCUCUGGUUCAUUUGGUUCUCUAAUGCGUUCUCCUACUAUGGACUUGUACUACUGACCACAGAGCUUUUCCAGGAGGGAGGUGCCUGUGGACAGACUAACGGCAGUAAAACAGAGCCUAGGUGUAGUUUAGAGUGCAAGUACCUGAACUCGGAUGAUUACAAAGACCUGCUGUGGACAACACUUUCUGAAUUUCCAGGUCUUCUGGUGACACUGUGGGCGAUCGAUAGGCUGGGGAGGAGAAAGACCAUGGCAUUGUGUUUCCUUGUCUUUUCACUCUGCAUCGUGCCACUCUAUGCCUGCGUGGGCAGGACGUCUUUAACAGUGCUCAUCUUUAUUGCGAGGGCAUUUAUUGCUGGAGGUUUCCAAGCAGCUUACGUUUACACACCUGAGGUGUAUCCAACAGCAACACGGGCUCUAGGUCUGGGCACAAGCAGUGGCAUGGCCCGUGUUGGGGCUCUCAUCACACCCUUCGUGGCUCAGGUGAUGCUGGAGUGGUCAGUGUAUCUGACUCUGUCGGUAUACUGUUGCUGCUGCCUCCUCGCCGCUGUAGCUUCAUGUGCUUUACCCAUAGAGACGACAGGCCGAGGCCUCCAGGAGUCCAGUCACAGAGAGUGGGGCCAGGAAAUGAAGGGCCGAGACUCUAUCCCUCGUUCUAACUCCUCAUCCACCUCCCAGCAAUGAAAGAGGAGGAGAGAGAGUAGGACGAAAUAGGUAAAGUGAGCUGAAAAUGGAGGGGAAAAUAAGGACAGAUGGCCAGUAAAAAGAUUGAGAAAAGGAAAAGAAUGUUAACAAUUUUGAAAUGGGGCAGGAAGACACUGAUAGAGUGGGAGAAAGAGAAGUUUAUUUGUAUCAAUUAUGAAGAAAAUAGGCUUAAGCAUCAAAGGCUGAAUUAUGAAUCACAUGAUUCAUGUAGUCACACAAGACUGCUUGAUUCAGAGAGUCAGUGAUUCAGUGGGACAAAUGCUUUUUGGACUCUGUAUUCUAAUAUGUACUGGAUUAGUGUGUAUCCCAGCUACUGAAAGCAGACACAAACAUCAGGAGCUGCUUGAUGACUGUAAUCGCACUAAUCCACCUGUCAAUUAUCUCAGAUGCUCUAAUCUUCACUAUGGAUGAUCACCGUUCAGUGGAUACUUCACGCAGAUAUUAAUCAUUAGCACUGCUGAUAAGAAAAUGGUGGCCAGAAAGAUUAGCAUGAUGCUCAUGAGGUUGUGCAAACAGAUCUCUGCUACUUUGGUUUUUUUUGCUGACCUUAUUAGCCUAUUUAAUUUUAAGGCGUUAAAUAACUCAUACGGGAGAAUAAACCAAGAAUGAAAGCAAAGAUGAGAUUCAGACCAUUUUACACUUUUCCAAAAUGUUGCCUAUUAGCGAAGACAUGUUUGGUGGUAUUUUUUGCGCUAGAGUUUUAAUGUACAAGUAACUGAAGCUUCUAGCAUUUAGCACUGUGCAAACUUCACGCCUAAAUCCUCACACAUACAUCACACGUUCUAGAGAGUUUUUCAGCAUCUCAAAAAGAUUUGGUUUUAUUCUGUCAGACAUCGGGGUUGCUAUUGGCUUUUGCUGUUAAUUGUCUUUUACGUUUUACUAGUUGAACUCAAAGUCAUCAAUUAAUUGUCAAUUCUACAGUUGAAGCAAAAGCCCAUUCAGGAUUUUGAUAUUUUGGAAUAUUUUAUUAGUUUAGUUAAAAAAGCCAGGAAAUGGUUUUUAUUUAUGUAGCCUAUUAUGUUAUCAAAGUAAAUACAUAAAUCAGUGCAAUACUUAAAAUUCAUUCAUGUAGAUGACUUGGCAUCUCGGCCGAAAUCGUUGAUUCUGGAAAUGAUAGCGUGCAGCAUGGAAACUCGUGUCUGUCAACAGAGCUGUACUUGUAGCUCAAUGUAUGGCCUGCUUUGGACAGAGCGGUUUCAGGAAGGAUUUUUUUCAAGGAUAAUAACGACUUGGCAGUUAAGAUACUCAUGCUGAACUCCAGCCUCAGAAGCCUGAAUAUGCUCUUUCGAAUAGAACUAGUCAUCACAAAGGAUUUCACUAUGACAGGACCAGGUGGGAUUGCUGAGAAAUCCUUUGGUAGUGGGUGGGAGCACAACCAAAAACAGCAAGCCUCCACCCUUAAAGGAAAAAAAAAUCUAUCUGAUAUGAAAAUGACAAUACUUUAUUUAAGAAAAUGAAUGGAUAUUAAAAUCUCAGUGUAGUCUUCCACAUUGUGUGCGUGACUAAAAUUAGUUUCAUCUAGUCCAAAAAAAAUUUGUUUAAUGUCUGCAUUUCUGCCAUUUUUUCCACCACUUCAUCUAAAUCAGCAGCUGCCCCACAGUUGUGACUAGUGAAUGUAUUAAUCAAGUUGUCUAAGCAAAUCAUAGUCUUUACCGCAUUCUAUUAUCGGUGUAAAUAGACCGUUGGGAUAUCACAGUGCUUAAGCAGUUGUAGCACCAGCCACCCUGAAGCUCAGUCUCUUUCUUCCUCAGCACAUGCAACAUGUCUGACAGGAGAAUUGUACAAUAGAAAUGAUUUGAAUGAUAAUGUGUUGAUUUGUACAGUAUAUUUUAAUACCAUGCUUGAAUGUUAUCACAGAACCAAAAGAAUUGCACAGUGCUAAACUGCUGUGUAAGUAUAAGCUUCCUAAAUCAUUAGCUCGGCAAUUUUUAGACACCAAACAUCUUGGCUGACUGAUUGUAACUGGGUUAGGAGGUAAAAUACUAUAUUUUGCUUUUGUCCUUUAAGAGAAAAACUGUUGGCUCCAUUUACAGCCCAGAUAACUAAAACAUAUUAUAAAUAUUCACCUCUACAGCAGAGGUGCUUUUGGGUGGUCAUGUGUGUGAAUAAUCUGAAGAGCAUUACUUCUUGUUUCAAGCAGCAUCCGCAGUUUGAUGGACAUGAAAGCUAGUGGCAGUACAAAGCUGCAGAUUUGUGUGUGUGUUAGGAUUAAUGAACAUGGAAAGCUACUGGAACACAAACAGUGGAAUAUGUGAGUUUAUUUUACUACAAAACCAUGCUUUCCAGCACUAAUCCUCAAAAAUGACACAUUUUAAUCACACUUAUUCGAUCCUUCAGCAGGAGGGCCCACACCUCAUUCACCAUUAAUAGUUGUGUGGAGUGAAAAUGUGUUGUGUACAGCAAAGCUGUUAUUUUUAACCACAACAUCACGGGAGCAUAUCUCUAAAUGCCAUUUGCUGGCAUUUAGUGAAUCCAAACACGUCCCUGUUAAGCCAAAAACCACUUGCCAUCACUUCAAUAAUGUAUUAGAUAUGAACACACUCCUUGCUUUUUAAACUUAAGAGUAAAACCUAAAAGAGUAACAAAAGUCUUUAUUUCUCAAAUGUAGUUAGUUAUUAAACACUGCCCAUGAUUGUAAGGAAAGGUUUAAUUUUUAUUUCAAAUUAUUAGGGUA